UUAGCUCGCGGUGCUUGUCAUAAACCUAACCUCAAACUUUUUGUUUUUUACUUGUGAAAGGAUCAAUUCAAAUUGUGUUCUACUGACUGAACCGCGCAAAAGACGUCAAAAUGGAGUACGACUUGCCCUCCGAUUUUGAUAUAAUAGUCGUUGGGACAGGAAUGGUCGAGUCAAUCGUGUCAGCUGCCGCCAGCCGAAUUGGAAAACGCGUUCUUCACAUCGACAGCAACUCUUACUACGGUGGAUUGUGGGCGUCAUUCAAUUUGGACUCCAUCAGCAAAAUCCCCGAAGGUAAUCGUUCUCAGCCAGUAGUGGAGAAUAAGGAGAACGAGAUAGUAUAUCCGGUUGGGAAUGAUGUUUUCGAUUUAAGGAUUCACUCGCAGAAAUGGCACAUUCCCGAGUCGAAUCCUGAAAAAGAUGUGGAUGAAUCGGAUAGUGCGGUCGCACAAGAGGAGCACGAGUGGACGCAGGAGAAAUUGCUGAAGAUCUCUCGAAAAUUCAACAUCGAUCUUGCGCCUAAGUUGCACUUUGCCAAGGGCGAUUUCGUGGAGUUGUUGAUCUCGUCAAAUAUCGCACGUUAUUCCGAAUUUCGGAGUGUCAGCCGCAUUCUGACGUGGUUAAAUGGGAGCCUAGAGAUAGUGCCGUGCUCGAGGUCCGAUGUAUUUUCGAGUAACAGAGUGUCGGUCAUCGAGAAGCGCAUGUUGAUGAAGUUGCUGACUUCGUGCGUCGAUGGUGACGAAAAUGAGUUCAAAGGUUACGAGGGUAAAACAUUCCAAAGUUACUUAAAAGAUCGGAAGUUAACUGAGAAUUUAAUUCAUUAUGUGUUGUAUGCGAUUGCGAUGUGUACUGACGAUACUUUAUGCUUGGAGGGCGUGGAAAAGACUAAGCGCUUUCUUGGAAGUUUGGGCCGAUUUGGUAAAACUCCAUUUUUGUAUUCGAUGUAUGGCAGUGGGGAAAUCACGCAGGCUUUUUGCAGACUGAGCGCUGUUUUUGGCGGAAUUUACGCUCUAAAUCAGUCUCUUAACGGCUUUAUAUACGAUAACGACAAUACUUUUAAGGGAAUUAUUUGUGGAAAGCAACGUAUUAAUGCAACACACUUGGUAAUGAGCCUUGAAAAGCUACCCAAAGAAAUAGUCGAUUUUUCGACUACAGAAUACAUUUCGCGCGCAAUCUUUAUUACCGACAAAUCGAUACUUGAAGACGAAAGGGAGCAUUUAACAUUAUUACUUUUUCCUCCAGUCGACCGAAAGGCUGCGUGCGUAGUUCUCGAACUUGGGUCUUUGACCGGAACAUGUCCGAAGGGCCUACAUAUUGUUCACGUUUUUACCAAACAAACUGUAAAUCCGGAAGACGACCUGAAGCAUUGCGUCGAGAAAUUGUUUUGUAAAAGGGAGGGAGAAUCGAACUCCUCCCCGAGCAUAUUGUGGUCAUUUUAUUUUUCGGCGCCGAAUACAUUUUCGCAAAAAUUAGAAUGCGAGAAGCUGUUGAAUACGUACGUUUGUCCCGGUCCGGAUCUUGAUUUGGAUUACGAUCCGGCGAUAGAAAGGGCUAAGGAAAUCUUCGAACGCAUUUAUAGCAAUGCGGAAUUUCUUCCACGUGCACCUGAUCCCGAAGAAAUUAUUAUCGAGGGCGAAGACAAUAAUAACAUCAUUAAUGAAACCGAAGAACGUGCAGAGGUACCCGCAGAUCAAGGUGAUGUUUCUUCCGAAUUGGCCCACGAAGAUGAUACCUAAAUAGGAUUUAUAGGCUUUUUAUUGUAUUUGUAUGUUUUAAGCUAGUUAUUUAAAUAAACUUCCCUAACUAA